AUGCCGUUUGGAAUCAAUAAAAUGUUCAGCUUUAUUUUGACGUGUAUUAUAAAUUGCCUCCUAAAAUUGCUGCUAAAAUUUGAAGCGCCAGAAGCGAAACUGGAGCGGACAGAAGGAGUAUUAUUAAAAUCAUGUAAACGGUUUUAUCAAGAGAAGUUUGUUACUGUGGAAGAAAAUGUGUGUAUACGCACUGUAAUAUUUAACCCUGGCGUGCCUAACAGACCACCAUUGGUGUUGCUACAUGGUCUGAAUACAGGAUUAUGUUCAUUUCUUCAUAGCGUGAAACGAUUGAGUAGAAAUUGUACAGUUUAUGCCAUUGACUUGCCAGGAUUCGCGCGAAGCUCGAAGCCUCAGAUAUCAGGAGAUGUGGACGAAAUUGAACGUAAAUAUGUAAGAUGGUUAGAGGUAUGGCGACAAAAUCUCGCCAUUGAGAAGUGCUUUCUACUUGGUCAUGAUUUUGGUGGGUACAUCGCAACUUUGUACACUCUCGCUCACCCCUGGAGAGUGUGCCAGUUAACACUAUAUGAACCAUGGGGCUUUCCUAUAUUGCCUUUUGGUAUGACAGAUCGCAGUCCAAAUAAAAAUUCCAUUGAACAUUCAAAAUUCUUUCCAACUUGGCUCAAUAAACUAGAUACAGUUUUUCACUGUGUGCGACGUUUGAACUUUGUCUACGCUAUCUUCUGCUUCUACUGCCGACAAAUACAAUCCUUCUUUCAAAUGAUUACACACCCUUGCAAGUUCUUGCAAGAUUUAUUCAAAAGGCCAGAAGCAUGGUUUCAUUACAAAACAUUGUGUCAAGAAGCUCAAAAUUCAUCUGGUAAAAGUGCUUAUAGCAGGUUAAGUGUGUUAAAUGUCUGGGCGAGAUAUCCGCUGAUAAGACGAAUUAAUUCACUCGAUGAUCGAGUACCGAUAACAUUUAUUUUUGGUUCGAAAUCCUGGUUUGAUCAUCGUUCAGCUUAUGAAGUGAAGUGUUCAAGAUCCAAUCAAGAUUCAGUAAGUGUUCAUAUUAUUGAAGGUGAAGGCAAAGAAGCUAUACACACAGAGAACCCGAGAGAGUUUGAAUAUAUAAUAUUGCAGAAGUUGUGUUCGUACGAGGAAGAACAGGAUGAAGGAUGGAUAGAAGAUGAUUGGAUCUCGUGUGAUUACUCAGAAGAUGAGACUUAUAAUGCGAUUUAA